AUGGCGGAUGCCGGCAGCAGCGCCGCCGCAGCGAGGAGGGGCCCGUCGUCGUCCUCGCGCGGGUGCGCGCCGGCGCUGGGGCGGCUCGUGCGGAAGCUGCGGCGGCAGAGCAGGCUGCUGUGCGCGGCGCGCCACGCCUCCGCGUCGUCGUCCGCGCGGUGCUGCCACCAGUACGACCCGCUCAGCUACUCGCGCAACUUCGACUUCGGCACCGCGCUGGACGGCAACGAGGCCUGCUCCUUCGCCUCCCGCUUCGUGCUCGCCGCCUCCACCGCCGUGCGGCAGCCGCAGUAG